GUCGCCACCACCCAAACUUUCGAAGAGGUGCUUUUCCUCUCCACGUCCACAAUUAACCCACAACCCACAACGACCAAUUUUAACAGAGACGGAUCGCAAGACAAAGACAAGGCCGACCACAAACAACUACUGCUGUAACUACUUCACCAAAUAGCUAGCUCUUAGUUGACUGUGAAAUAAUAUCCGUCGGGAAAGAGGCGCUCAUUCCAGGCUGGAAGAGGUAUACCGGUAGCAGCUGUUUUCUCGAAUUUUUCUUUCACAGCACAGUACCGGUACCGGUAUUCCCAAGAUGAUUCGAGUGAGACUCAGUCUACAUGUGCUUUUCUUGUUGGGGCUGAUCCUGCAGUAUUGCCAUGCUUGGAUCAAUCACAGGGUAGCACUACUGCGACCAAGAAAAGAAACACCAUCGUCCCUCUACGAUGCUUACCGAGAAGAUGACCAUGGCAUCAAUGCCCAAAAGAAGCUAUUGGAAGAAAAUCUCCAAGAAUUGUUACAAGCCCAACGAAAACCACCGGGUGAGGAUACCACCAAUAAUUUCCUCCCACGUACUAGUGGCCGCAUGGACCUACCAGAUUUGAAUCCCUUCAAGGAACAACUCGACAAGAAUGCCGCUGGAAAACCACUUUCGCAAGCGCUCUCAAUGCCGGAUUAUUUCAAAGACAAGAAGGAUAACACCAAGAUACCCACGACAGCAAGAAUGACAACGCCAAUUGCACCCAAACUUUUUUCCUCCUCCUCCGAGCAAGGAGAAGAAAAUGACGACGACACCAACAACAACGAGGGUUUUUAUCUCGAUCCGGAUAUCUACGAACGAUCCCGAGAUUUGAUCCGUGGAGAUGGAUCCCUCGCAUUGGACGACGACACCAAUAGCAAUUCACAGCUACAACAAAACAAUAAUAAGGAUUGGAAUAGUGUCGAUGGACGCAAAGCCAUUUUGGAACGUCUGCUGCAGGCAGAACUCGAAUCUGGCAAGGUACCACAGUCAAACAAUGACAACGAAAAUGACAAGGACGAUUGGAAUACCCUCUUUUCUCUCAUUCAAAGUCAACAACAACAACAAUCCUCGUAUUAUAAUAAAACUCAAGCCGAACAAGUCCAUCGACAAAUCUUGGAACACGAAACGGGAUUUCUCAAUCAAAGUAAAUCCUUUCAACAAGCACUGAUUGACCCCAAAGCGGCCCAAGCCGCCACGGUGGAACGACGGAAUACGCAUUAUCAACAACGACAAGAACGCGCUUCCAAACAAUUGUUACAAAAUAUGGCCGAAUUCGAAAGACAGCUAAUGCAAAAGGAACGCGCCACGACGUAUUGUUCGCGGUGUCAGUGUCAAUUGGCCGACGAAGAUUAUGAUAUAGCACCGCAGUUGUGGAUGCGACAACGCAAUCUCACGGCACUCUGUCAAACGUGUUAUAAAGGAUUGCAAACGCUCAUGGUGAAACGAUUGCAACAAAAACCACAACCAAACAGGAGGAGCGGUCCAUCUGCUUCUACCACCGCAGCAAGAAGUGUGGCAAACAGCAACAACCGCCCAACCCAACAAUCUGCCGCUGCUGCAAAGCAAAGGAGAAGAGGUCCAAUAAUAAAAGCACCGUCCAAAUCAGCAGAAGAGGCAACAACAACGUCCUCCGCUUGGACUCCAAUGGAGGAUCCAGACUCGGGGGAACUCUUUUAUUCGAACCAAGACACGGGAGAGGUACGCUGGGAGGAUCCCACGGUUGCAACGUAACGCAGAAGCUACCGUAGCAAGGAUGCCUCCUCACGGUACAUGUACUGGGCUUGCUAGCUAGCAGGAGGGAGCACAAUCAAAGCGGUGAACCACACAAGUACCAAGCACAAUUCUAGCCAGCGGCACCCGUGAUCAGCACCAAAAAAGAUGGACGACAACCUCCUCCAAGAAAGCACAGAAUCCCUGUAGCUACCAAUCAACAUUGCUGGAAGAGUUGGCCCAAACAACGGGGUCUUGGGUUCACUUACUUGUCGUUUGACGACCGAAUCCGUUGGGCCUUUGGGGCUUUUUCGAGAACAAAGAAAGAAGCCCACUCAAAAUUCCAGUACGAUAUCUAAUGGGGGUGGUGGUCGGGCAGAACCUGCUGCCUAAUGAUUAGAUUCUACUCAAGCUCGUUCGAUGCGUUCCUUCUUUCGCUAAAGCCCUGCAGUGUUCUUGGAAUGAUCAGCGCCUGCGCAGUAUAAAUCAUUUGAAAACAACCCUGCAAUCUCAUGCAUGUAUCUUGUAGCUCCAAUUGCAAAUUGAAAACUAAACGAAGAGUGUUUUUGAGUGAUGCUGCGUAUACCGGUAC